CAGCGGCUCAGCUAUUCUGCGCGCCUGUGCUGGGCGCCUGCCUCGGCCCGCCCCUUACGCCGGCAGCUCAGCGCCUGGCUGCCACUAUAUAAAUCGGCCAUUUGCUUUGCUCCGCCCCAGAGUCCGGGAGUCGAAGCCGGUUGUCAAGCCAGUCCCGUUCCGCGCUCCCCUGCCUUUUCUUUCUCUUUCAACAUGACAGAUGCCGCUGUGUCCUUCGCCAAGGACUUCUUGGCUGGUGGAGUGGCCGCGGCCAUCUCCAAGACGGCGGUAGCGCCCAUCGAGCGGGUCAAGCUGCUGCUGCAGGUGCAGCAUGCCAGCAAGCAAAUCACGGCAGAUAAGCAAUACAAGGGCAUUAUAGACUGUGUGGUUCGUAUCCCCAAGGAACAGGGAGUCCUGUCCUUCUGGCGUGGUAACCUGGCCAAUGUCAUCAGAUACUUCCCCACCCAGGCUCUCAACUUUGCCUUCAAAGAUAAAUACAAGCAGAUCUUUUUGGGUGGUGUGGACAAGAGGACCCAGUUUUGGCGCUACUUUGCAGGGAACCUGGCAUCAGGUGGUGCCGCUGGGGCCACAUCCUUGUGCUUUGUGUACCCCCUUGAUUUUGCCCGUACCCGUCUAGCAGCUGAUGUGGGCAAAGCUGGAGCUGAAAGGGAAUUCAAAGGCCUUGGUGACUGCCUGAUUAAGAUCUACAAAUCUGAUGGGAUUAGGGGCCUGUACCAAGGCUUUAAUGUGUCAGUCCAGGGCAUUAUCAUCUACCGAGCUGCCUACUUUGGCAUCUAUGACACUGCAAAGGGAAUGCUUCCAGAUCCCAAGAACACUCACAUCUUCAUCAGCUGGAUGAUUGCACAGUCUGUCACUGCUGUCGCUGGCUUGACUUCCUAUCCCUUUGACACGGUUCGCCGUCGUAUGAUGAUGCAGUCAGGACGCAAAGGAACUGACAUCAUGUACACAGGCACGAUUGACUGCUGGAGGAAGAUUGCUCGUGACGAAGGAAGCAAGGCCUUUUUCAAGGGUGCAUGGUCCAAUGUUCUCAGGGGCAUGGGUGGUGCCUUUGUGCUUGUCUUGUAUGAUGAGAUCAAGAAGUACACAUAAUUAUGUCGUAGGUGUUCUCCCCGAGAACAGGCAUGUUGUAUAAUACACCAUAUCUUGAACAUUCUGGACAGAUUCUCUGGGCUUGUCUGUUUUAUCAAUGGCAACUAUUUACCAGUUGAAAAGUGGGAAGCAAUAAUAUUCAUCUGACCAGUUUUCUCUUAAAGCCAUUUCCAUAAUGACAAUAAUGAUGGGACUCAAUUAUAUUUUUUAUUUCAGUCACUCCUGAUAAUAAAAAUUGAAGAAAUAAAAAAUAUCUAAAGACA